CCAGCGGCCGCGGGGUCCGGCAGCGCUCGCCACCCGUGAGGGCCGCGCCUCCUCUUUCUUCCCCCCCUCACCCCGCCCCGCUCCCGCCUCGCCUCCCUCGCCCGGCGGUCCUUGUCCCGUCCCUGAGGGGAGUAUGAAGCUGGGCAGUGGCUUUCUGGGGGGCGGCGGCGGCUCCUCUUCUUCUAAGAGGCAAGCAAUGGACCCCACCUUCCCCCCCAGCAUGGUCAUGUUCAACCACCGCCUGCCGCCAGUCACCAGCUUCACCCAGCCGGCCGCACCCCCCCAGCAUUGUGGGCCGACGCCGGCCUCCUCGGCCACCUCCUCCUCGUCGUCAUCUUCCUCCUCCUCUUCGUCGUCGUCUUCCUCUUCUUCCUCCUCCACCGCCACGAGUGCAACGGCCACUGCCGAGCCCCCUGGCCCACCUCCUCCUCCUCACCCUCAGGGCAUGACUUUUAAGAAAGAGCCGGCAGGGGGUUUCCCUCUGACUGUGCCCUCCUCUGCCUCCUCAUCCCAGAGGAGCCCCUGGGGCUUCUUCCACUCACUAAUGAACAUCAAGCAAGAGAAGCCCAGUGACCAAGAGGAAGAGGACCAACAGCACCAUCACCACCACCAUCACCAUUAUGGGGGCCUCUUCGGGAUAGCUGGGGAGGAGAGACACCCCACUCUUGGUGGCAGCGGAGGAGGAGGAGGAGGAGUGGAAGGAGCUAACCCCAGCGUGAUCCAAGACCUCAACUUUCUCCAACACUUGCACCACUAUCCCCACAGAGGAGACUUGCUGCUGGGCCUCAGAAGUGGCGGUGAAGCGGGUCCUCCUGGCUCCGAUGAGCCUAAGCAUGAUGCCCAGGCCCGGAAGAUGAAGAGGCCAAAGUCGGAAUCUCAGGGAAUCAAAGCCAAGCGGAAGCCAAGCAAUUCCUCCAGGCCCCUUGUGGCUGGAGAUGGAGAAGCUGCCAUGCUGUCCGCUAGCCAGAAACCUCAUGUUUGUGAACACUGCAACGCUGCCUUCAGGAGCUCCUAUCAUCUGCGUAGGCAUGUGCUCAUCCAUACCGGAGAGAGGCCUUACCAGUGUGGCCAGUGCAACAUGGGGUUCAUUCAGAAGUAUUUGUUACAGAGACAUGAAAAGAUCCACAGCAGAGAGAAGCCGUUUGGGUGUGACCAGUGCAGCAUGAAAUUCAUCCAGAAGUAUCACAUGGAGAGACACAAGAGGACACACAGCGGAGAAAAGCCAUACAAAUGUGAAACCUGUCAGCAGUAUUUUUCAAGGACUGAUAGACUGUUGAAGCACAGACGUACAUGUGGAGAAGCCAUAGGGAAAGCAGGUGCUGGAAUGGAUCCUGGGCCAUCAAACCAUAGCAUGGGAAACCUGUCUAUGUUGUCUCAGGGAAAUACAGGUUCUUCAAGGAGAAAAAGCAAAGCAAAAUCUAUAUCCUCUGAAAACAAAGAACACAAGCCUAGUCAAAAAGUAUCUGAAUCUCAAAUUGCAUCUAAUAUGACCUUGCAGAAUUAUGCAGUGGACUUUCCUAUAGUGUCUUCCAGUGGUGGUUUGAUUGGCACUGGGAUAGAAGAUCUGCAGAAAAAGGUGCCAAAAUUAGUCUUUAAGAAAGGAAACAGGAAGGGUGCAGACAAAAAUUUUCUGAACUUUGUGUCACCAUUACCAGACCUUCUUGGUCAAAAACAAUUGCCUGGGAAACCGGGUGGCUCUCUUGGCUUAGUCACAAAUACUGGUGUAGAUGCUAUUGGUCUUCUCCAAGCUGCAAGUGGUAAACCAGGUCAAUUAAGUAGCAAUUAUGAUGAUGCCAUGCAAUUUUCAAAGAAAAGAAGAUAUUUGCAAACUGCCAGUAGUAACAGUGCCUUUUCUAUAAAUGUUGGGCAUAUGGCCUCCCAACCGUCUGUUAUUCAGUCUGCAGGUGUAAGUGUUCUGGAUAGUGAAACCCCGUUAUCUCUUAUUGAUUCGCCAUCUCUAAGUUCUGACAUCAAAUCUUGUCAUGACAAAUCUGGCAUUCCUGAUGAAGUGUUACAAAGUCUUCUAGAGCAGUACUCUCACAAAUCUGAAGGCCAGAAAGAAGAUCCUUUCAGUAUCCCUGAACAGCGUGUGGACUUGCAUGCUUCAGGAGAACAUACAGAGAUGGGGCAAGAGGAGAAUCUGAGCCCCAGCUCCCAAACAACUUCAAAUGACAAAACAAGCAUGCUGCAAGAAUACUCAAAAUACCUCCAGCAUGCUUUCGAAAGAACAACCAAUAGCACUGGUUUUGCUUUUGGACCUAGUUUCCAAUUUGUAAGCCUUCAUAACCAUACUUUGUUUCAGGACAAACAAAUAUAUACCACAUCUCCACUUGAGUGUGGUUUCAGCCAAUCUGUUACCUCAGUGUUGCCACCUACAUUGUCAAAGCCUCCUUUUGGUAUGUUGCUUGGAUCUCAGCCAGGUUUUUAUUUAUCUGCUUUGGAGGCAACCCAUCAACAGUUGACUCCUUCACAGGAGCUAGAUGAUCUGAUAGACUCUCAAAAAAACAUAGAUGCUUCAUCAAACUAUCAGUCUACACCUCAAAAGCUGAGUAGCCAGAAGGAACAAAAAUCCCUAGAAUCUUCAACAAGCUUUCCAGUUCCAUCUCAGGAGCUGGCUAACCAGAUAGAUCCUCAGAAGGACCUAGAUCAUCGAGCAACGUAUCAGAUAGAAACCUUUGCACAAGCAUUUGGUUCUCAGUUUAAGACGGGCAGCAGGGUGCCAAUGACUUUUAUUGCUAACUCUAAUGGGGAAGUGGACCAUAGAGUAAGGACUUCAGUAUCAGAUUUCUCAGGGUAUUCAAAUGUAAUGUCUGAUGUAAGUGAGCCAUGUAGUACAAGAGUAAAGACCCCAACCAGCCAAAGUUAUAGGUAAAGUUCCAAGUGAUGACUAGGCUUUGGGCUGGUCUUAAUGUAUUAGUUUUAUUUUGAUAACACUGCCAUUGGAAUGUUUCUACAGGAUCCUAAUACAAAUAAUGUAACAUGCCCUUUCAAUGCAACUUUUCAUAUUUAGUUUUUGUUAACCUAAUUUUAGAUUGGUUUGUGUUACGAUUUUUAAUUGGUUGGCCAGAUUGGUUGACUUGACAGUUUGCAUUUCUGUUUACAUGACAGUGUUUAGCAAUCAAACUUACAUAUUUAGAUUGUCAGGGAGUAGCCCAAAAGUUGCAAAUGCAAAAAAAGAAAAAGAAAAAAAAAGAGAGAGAAAAUGAAACAAACAAAAAAACCCCUUUGUUCCUAGGAUUAAGGUUUAUUUUACUUGCUUUACUCUCAGGAAAUGAAAUGAAGCAAGGAGAUUCUGAACGUUACUGGUGUACAGUAUUGGGAUUUCCAAUUUAUAAACAAGUGGCAAUACUACUUUGCCAUUUAACAGAGGGAUCUAAGACGUUACAAAUAGCUAUCUCACAUCUGAGUUAUAUAACAUUUUGAGAAUUUAGCUACCUACAGCCUGUUUAUAGUUGGUAAAGUAAUUCCUUAUUUCUUUUCCCAGAUGAUGAUACUCAUUCCAGAUUGGUGGGGUAAAUAUUCUCAGAUCCUUGGUGUAAGCCUGGAAAGAUAGCUUUAAUAAAAUACAAUAAUAUCCACCCUCACCCUUGAAGAUAAACUAUGAAUUCUGUAAAGAAAUUUUAGUGGCAGAAUCCAUGAAAGGAAUUUUAAAGUUACAAUUUGAUGUCAUUGGAACCCCAAACUUAAAAUUACAAUAAUAAUUUAUAUACAUAUUGGGAUGUGUUAUUUAUUAAAUAUGUGGUUUUUUUAAUAACCCCAAUUGGCAUCCAACACUUCUCUUUCCCUUUACAUAGCUUUGUUUAGUGUUUAAAUGUCCUCUUCCUUCAUCAAAUGUUUUUUAUACCAAGCUCACUCUCCAUGGUUUGUGAUCCUUUCUUCUUCCCUUUAGCUUAACAGCUGGAAUUUUAGAAGAUUUACAUUCCAGAAGAUUGGAUGACGUAUUAUGUAUUUCUUGAUGUCUUGUGACAUCAGAAGUUGACAAUUUGAAAAGCUGUAUGCCCUUUUAUUUUAGAAGGCCAUAUGAGAUCCAACAAAAUGAUCACUCAGUUGUACAUAGAAAGGCCCUCCAUUGUGCAGUGGGUUCUACUAGUUUAGUCAUCAGCAGUUUUGAAUAUUUCGUGGGGGUUUGGUGGCUAUAAUUACACAUGAUUACAAGGGUGUAAGAAGGACACUUUGCAGAGUUGGGUCUUAAGACCUCAUUUCUAUUCAGAGGUUGGCCUAAAUGUGUGAACCAUGUGACCAAUAAUUAUUUGGUUUAUUGUAGCCAGAGUUUCCAAGGAAUUGUUGCUCAAAUUCAUGUAUAUUUUGUGGUACAUUAUUUAUGAUACGUGAAUCUUGAUUAGAGCCUGUGGAGCCACAGAGACCUGCUAGAUAACAUAGUGUCUAUUUUAAAACUGCUAAAAAGCAGUUGCACUACCCAGAACCACUUUUAUUGUUUUUGCAGAUAUAUUUUUUUCUAAUUAGUUUUUAAAAUGUAAUU